AUGCGCGGCUCGCUCGGAAAAUACCAGAAAGCUUUUGAACAUCUGGGUAAUGCACUGACCUUUGACCCCAGCAAUUAUAAGGCCAUCCUAGCAGCAGGCAGUAUGAUGCAGACUCAUGGAGACUUUGAUGUAGCAAUGAACAAGUACCGUGUGGCGGCGAGUGCGGUGCCCGAGAGCGCCCCCCUGUGGAACAACAUCGGAAUGUGCUUCUUUGGCAAGAAGAAAUAUGUGGCUGCGAUCAGCUGCCUGAAGAGGGCGCACUACCUGUCUCCCUUUGACUGGAAGGUGCUGUACAACCUGGGCCUGGUGCAUCUGACCAUGCAGCAGUUCGCCUCCGCAUUCCACUUCCUCAGCGCCGCCAUCAACCUGCACCCGCGCAUGGGGGAGCUAUACAUGCUGCUGGCCGUGGCUCUGACAAACCUGGAGGAUCAGGAGAACGCCAGCAGAGCGUAUGAGCAGGCGGUGACCCUGGACCAGUCCAACCCGAUGGUGAACCUGAACUUUGCCAUCUUCCUGUUUAACCACGGAGACAAGAAAGGAGCUCUGCAGCAGUACCAGGAGCUGGAACGGAAGGUCACCGCCACAAGAGACACUAACAACACCGAGUACGACCCCGAGGUGAGUCUGAGGGACACCAACAACACCGAGUACGACCCCGAGGUGAGUCUGAGAGACACCAACAACACCGAGUACGACCCCGAGGUGAGUCUGAGAGACACCAACAACACCGAGUACGACCCCGAGGUGAUUGAGAGACACCAACAACACCGAGUACGACCCCGAGUGAGAGACACCAACAACACCGAGUACGACCCCGAGGUGAGUCUGAGAGACACCAACAACACCGAGUACGACCCAGAGGUGAGUCUGAGAGACACCAACAACACCGAGGUGAGUCUGAGAGACACCAACAACACCGAGUACGACCCAGAGGUGAGUCUGAGAGACACCAACAACACCGAGGUGAGUCUGAGAGACACCGACAACACCGAGGUGAGUCUGAGAGACACCAACAACACCGAGUACGACCCCGAGGUGAGUCUGAGAGACACCAACAACACCGAGGUGAGUCUGAGAGACACCGACAACAUCAAGGUGAGUCUGAGAGACACCAACAACACCGAGUACGACCCCGAGGUGCGUCUGAGAGACACCAACAACACCGAGUACGACCCCGAGGUGUGUCUGAGAGACACUAACAACACCAAGGUGAGUCUGAGAGUCACCAACAACACCAAGGUGAGUCUGAGAGACACCAACCACACCGAGGUGAGUCUGAGGGACACCAACAACACCGAGUACGACCCCGAGGUGUGUCUGAGAGACACUAACAACACCAAGGUGAGUCUGAGAGACACCAACCACACCGAGUACGACCCCGAGGUGAGUCUGAGAGACACCAACAACACCAAGGUGAGUCUGAGAGACACCAACCACACCGAGUACGACCCCGAGGUGAGUCUGAGAGACACCAACAACACCGAGUACGACCCCGAGGUGAGUCUGAGAGACACCAACAACACCGAGGUGAGUCUGAGAGUCACCAACAACACCGAGGUGAGUCUGAGAGACACCAACCACACCGAGGUGAGUCUGAGGGACACCAACAACACAGAGUACGACCCCGAGGUGUGUCUGAGAGACACUAACAACACCGAGGUGAGUCUGAGAGACACCAACCACACCGAGGUGAGUCUGAGGGACACCAACAACACCGAGGUGAGUCUGAGAGACACCAACAACACCGAGGUGAGUCUGAGAGACACCAACCACACCGAGGUGAGUCUGAGGGACACCAACAACACCGAGGUGAGUCUGAGGGACACCAACAACACCGAGUACGACCCCGAGGUGAGUCUGAGAGACACCAACAACACCGAGGUGAGUCUGAGAGACACCAACCACACCGAGGUGAGUCUGAGGGACACCAACAACACCGAGGUGAGUCUGAGAGACACCAACAACACCGAGUACGACCCCGAGGUGUGUCUGAGAGACACCAACAACACCGAGUACGACCCCGAGGUGUGUCUGAGAGACACCAACAACACCGAGUACGACCCCGAGGUGAGUCUGAGAGACACCAACAACACAGAGUACGACCCCGAGGAGUGUCUGAGAGACAAUAACAACACCAAGGUGAGUCUGAGAGACACCAACAACACCGAGGUGAGUCUGAGAGACACCAACAACACCAAGGUGAGUCUGAGAGACACCAACAACACCAAGGUGAGUCUGAGAGACACCAACAACACCGAGUACGACCCUGAGGUGCGUCUGAGAGACACCAACAACACUGAGAUGAGUCUGAGAGACACCAACAACACCGAGGUGAGUCUGAGAGACACCAACAACACCAAGGUGAGUCUGAGAGACACCAACAACACCGAGUACGACCCUGAGGUGCGUCUGAGAGACACCAACAACACUAAGAUGAGUCUGAGAGACCAGUACGACCCCGAGGUGCGUCUGAGAGACACCAACAACACUGAGGUGAGUCUGAGAGACCAGUACGACCCUGAGGUGAGUCUGAGAGACACCAACAACACUGAGGUGAGUCUGAGAGACCAGUACGACCCUGAGGUGAGUCUGAGAGACACCAACAACACUGAGGUGAGUCUGAGAGACCAGUACGACCCCGAGGUGAGUCUGAGAGACACCAACAACACUGAGGUGAGUCUGAGAGACCAGUACGACCCCGAGGUGCGUCUGAGAGACACCAACAACACUAAGAUGAGUCUGAGAGACCAGUACGACCCCGAGGUGCGUCUGAGAGACACCAACAACACUAAGAUGAGUCUGAGAGACCAGUACGACCCCGAGGUGCGUCUGAGAGACACCAACAACACUGAGGUGAGUCUGAGAGACCAGUACGACCCUGAGGUGAGUCUGAGAGACACCAACAACACUGAGGUGAGUCUGAGAGACCAGUACGACCCCGAGGUGAGUCUGAGAGACACCAACAACACUGAGGUGAGUCUGAGAGACCAGUACGACCCCGAGGUGAGUCUGAGAGACCAGUACGACCCCGAGCUGGUGGACAUGGCUCAGAAGAUGGCCGCCGCGCUGCAGGUGGGGGAGCCUCUGUUAUGGACCAAACCUUCUAAAGAAUCCAAGUCCAAGACCUCGUCCUCUGGAUCCAAGACCGGGACCACGGUCCUGGGAACCAACCAGGCUCUGGGCCAGGCCAUGUCCUCUGCUGCCAGCUACAAGAACCUGCAUCUGCAACCAGCCGACGGAAGGAAGGCUUUUGGCACACACUGCUGCAGCGUGAGGAGAGAUGUGGGACUGGAGGAGGAAAGACGAGACCGAGCCCAGAUCCCCGAGUUUGGAUUACGACAGGAAAAGGCCAACAAUGAGCCAGUGUGCGAUCCACGAGGAGAGACAGAGUACCUCCACGAGUGA